UGAGUCCAGGAGUUCGAGGCUGUAGUGAGCUAUGAUCGUGCCACUGCACUCCAGCCUGGGCGACCCAGCGAGACUCCAACCGCCGCCCCCACAACAAAAACAGAAAGUAGGAAACGCCGUCUGUAUUUACAACUAGCUCGUUUAGUUCUCAGACAUGAGUAUUAUGACAAUAUUCAUUUGGCAGUUCAGGAUCCGAGCGAAGGAAAGCCUAAGCGAGCUGCUGAGUGGGGCCAGUGGUCCCGGGGCGUCCUGACUUCCAAGGCUCUGGGCCUUCGUGCUGCGGCCAGGAGCGCCUCGCCACGCCCCUCCCCAGGGGUCCCCCUGCAGGGGUUCCUGUCCCCUAGGCACGGAGCCCCAAGCCCCGGGCGCAGGCUGCAGCUUCCGCCUGCCUGACCCCGCCAGCCUGCGCCUCCUCACCCGGGGACUAGCAGAAGCCUGGGCCCGCGCCUGGCGCUACGACUCCGGUCUUUAGGCUUUGUUUGGAGCACGGGAGAACCUGGGAACGGAGGGAGGCAUGACUUCAAUAUUCAUAUCGUUGUUAAAUAAACGAUUUCCUAAUUUGUAUCUGUUUCAUGCCAGCGUGAAACUUCUGUAGGCAGAGCCGGCUGCGCUGCCAGCAUUUCCUUCUGCUGGUCCCCACCCACCUCUGCCUCCCCCACCUAGCCUUCCCUCGGCCGCAGCGGGGAAGAACAGCCGAGCAGACCAAACAGCCGGGGCCGCGGGUGGGAGGCUGUUCCCGCAGCUCGUGGCUGGCGUUGGAGAAUGUGGAGAUUUUCCCAUUCAUAAAAGGAACGUCCCCCCUUGCCGCCUUCCCGCCCGCCACACACCGCCACAUCCGCAGCGGGGUAGGGCUGGGUCUGGGGGCGCUGGGUUCCCAGGGGCCUACCCGGGCGCGCUCUCGCCUUUCUCAGGAAGCCCCAUUUUGUGAGCGGCACCGCGUGUCCUCGCUCAGUCCGUGCACACAGUUGACCUGGAGCGCGGAUGAGCACCCUUGGUUGAAACGAAGAGACAAAAUGGCUUGUGGUUCAAUUCAUAAAUAAAACCUCACCCUUGGACUUCAGGCUGCCCGACAUUUUGGGACUUGGAUUUUUUUUGCUUUAUCAUAGUUUUAGGAAGCGACUGUCAGGCCAUGUUGCCUAUCCAUUUCUAAACGACUGGCUUUUUAGGAUCCCGUUUUCACCCUUCUAUGGCGGUGGGUUGGGGGUGGGGGGUGGAACUGGAGUGGCCCAGGGAGACGAUGGCAGGGGCGGGGCGGGGCAGGGCGUUGUACUGAUUCAAGAUGCAAUCUCCAUCCAAAUAAUGGAUUGUUAUUAACAAUGAUCCUCUCUGCAAAACCCUUAAAAUUGCCCCUUGAUUCCCUAGCAGCAAGAGGCGAGCCCUUAUUCGCUGAGCUGAAGCCUCCUCCCCCCUCCUCCCCAUUACUCUCUGCUCUGGAAAUUACAACUCCUCGGCGCGCGGCGCGGGGAGGCAGCGGCAGCGGCAGCGGCGGGAGGGAGGCGGGGAGGGGAUUCCCGAGCCAGCCGGGCGCUCGCCCUCCGCCCGCCGGCUGCAGCGUCUCGCGGCCAAGGUCAGAGGCGCCGCAGGAGCAGCAGCUGGGAACCAGGGAAGCGGGUCAAUCCCGGCCGCAGGGAGGAAACCCCAGGGCGCAGUCAGCCGGCGUCCACAGCCGCCGAGGAGGAGGGUGAGCGGCUGUCUCCGGGCCAGUCGAUUCCCGCCGAGGUGGCCGCGGCCCCAGCGACCCGGCGGGUGGCGGCCCAGGGGUCGGCGAGCGGGCAGCUGGAGCCCCACCUUCGGCUCCCGGGCGCUGUCCGCCGCCUCGUGGUGCUGAUCCCAGCCCCACGGCUGAGCGGCCUUCGCACCUGCCUGCUCACCUCGCGAUCACCCGGAUAAGGAGCUGGGCGGGGACAGAAGGGUGGCCUCGGGGUAGCCGCCCACCGGAGCCAGGGGCUGAAGCAGCGAGCGCACAGCAGCCCGGCCGCUGGUCCUGGGGUGGAGAGGAGGCGCGCGCUGCAGCCGGCGGCGGCGCUGGUGCUGACUCAUCACCUAAAGCUCCUCGCAGGCCACCGCGAGGGCAGCCGACCGGCUCCGGACUCUGGCCGCAGGUUGAAGCCGCUGGUGCGGGAGCCCCGCGGGCAGGAGGUGAGGACCCCCGCCCUUCUCUCGCCCCCCAAUCAUCUUAGGGCGGUGGCUACAGGACAGAGAGAGGGGCGUGCCCCUGGGCUGUGAAGUGGGCAUGCCCGUGUGAUGCCCCCGCCCGCCGUCUCACCGGGGCGCACCACGCUGGUCCUCCUCCGCCAGUCUCCCGAGCUCCGGCCAUUCAUCCCCAGCGCAGAGCAGCGUGGGCAGCAGGCGCCGCGAUGGAGGAAGAGCUGAAGUGUCCCGUGUGCGGCUCUCUGUUUCGGGAGCCUAUCAUUCUGCCCUGUUCCCACAAUGUCUGCCUGCCUUGCGCUCGCACCAUCGCGGUGCAGACCCCGGACGGUGAGCAGCACCUGCCCCAGCCGCUCCUGCUUUCCCGGGGCUCCGGGCUGCCGGCGGGCGCCGCCGCCGCUGCCUCUCUGGAGCACGACGCUGCGGCGGGCCCGGCCUGCAGCGGUGCAGGCGGGAGUGCAGCUGGCGGCCUCGGCGGCGGUGCGGGAGGUGGCGGAGACCACGCGGACAAGCUCAGCUUGUACAGCGAGACAGACAGCGGCUACGGGUCCUACACCCCGAGCCUCAAGUCCCCCAACGGGGUUCGAGUGCUGCCCAUGGUGCCCGCACCACCCGGCUCCUCGGCUGCGGCGGCUCGGGGUGCUGCCUGCUCCUCGCUGUCCUCGUCUUCGAGCUCCAUCACGUGCCCGCAGUGCCACCGCAGCGCCUCCCUGGACCACCGCGGCCUGCGCGGCUUCCAGCGCAACCGGCUGCUCGAGGCCAUCGUGCAGCGGUACCAGCAGGGCCGCGGGGCCGCGCCGGGUGCGUCUGCAGCUGCGGCGGUGGCCAUCUGCCAGCUAUGCGACCGCACCCCACCAGAGCCAGCAGCCACGCUCUGCGAGCAGUGCGACGUCCUCUACUGCUCUGCCUGCCAGCUCAAGUGCCAUCCAUCCCGGGGACCCUUCGCCAAGCAUCGCCUGGUGCAGCCGCCGCCGCCGCCGGCGCCCGCCGAGGCAGCCUCCCGGCCCACUGGCGCCGCCCAGGGCGCCCCCAGCGGAGGCGGCGGCUGCAAGAGCCCGGGAGGCGCGGGGGCCGGGGCGACUGGGGGCAGCACGGCCCGCAAGUUCCCCACGUGUCCCGAGCAUGAAAUGGAGAACUACAGCAUGUACUGCGUGAGCUGUCGAACCCCGGUGUGUUAUCUGUGCCUGGAGGAGGGCCGGCACGCCAAGCACGAGGUGAAGCCGCUGGGGGCCAUGUGGAAGCAGCACAAGGCACAACUAUCUCAGGCCUUAAAUGGAGUUUCGGAUAAGGCAAAGGAAGCAAAGGAGUUUCUGGUUCAGCUAAAGAACAUAUUGCAGCAGAUCCAGGAAAACGGACUGGACUAUGAAGCCUGCCUGGUUGCUCAGUGUGAUGCCCUUGUGGAUGCUUUAACUCGUCAGAAAGCCAAGCUGCUCACCAAGGUGACUAAAGAGAGGGAACACAAGUUGAAGAUGGUUUGGGACCAGAUCAAUCACUGCACAUUGAAGCUGCGUCAGUCCACCGGACUGAUGGAGUACUGCCUGGAGGUGAUCAAGGAGAACGACCCCUCUGGGUUCUUACAGAUCUCAGAUGCUCUGAUCAAGCGCGUCCAGGUGUCUCAGGAGCAGUGGGUCAAAGGCGCCCUGGAGCCGAAAGUGUCUGCGGAGUUUGAUCUGACUUUGGACAGCGAGCCGCUGCUGCAGGCCAUCCACCAGCUGGACUUCAUUCAGAUGAAAUGUAGGGUGCCACCCGUCCCCCUACUGCAGCUGGAGAAAUGCUGCACCCGUAACAACAGCGUCACGCUGGCCUGGAGGAUGCCACCCUUCACCCACAGCCCCGUGGACGGUUACAUCCUGGAGCUGGACGACGGCGCCGGGGGGCAGUUCCGGGAAGUGUACGUCGGUAAGGAGACUUUGUGUACCAUCGACGGUCUUCACUUCAACAGCACCUACAAUGCCCGAGUCAAAGCUUUCAACUCUUCUGGUGUUGGGCCUUACAGUAAAACUGUCGUCCUGCAGACAUCCGAUGUGGCCUGGUUCACGUUUGACCCCAACUCUGGGCAUCGGGACAUCAUUUUAUCUAACGACAACCAAACGGCCACCUGCAGCAGCUAUGAUGACCGGGUCGUGCUGGGCACAGCUGCAUUCUCCAAGGGCGUGCACUACUGGGAGCUGCACGUGGACCGGUACGACAACCACCCAGACCCCGCCUUCGGGGUGGCCAGGGCCAGCGUGGUCAAGGACAUGAUGCUGGGCAAGGAUGACAAGGCCUGGGCCAUGUAUGUGGACAACAACCGCAGCUGGUUCAUGCACUGCAACUCCCACACCAACAGGACGGAAGGCGGCGUGUGCAAGGGGGCCACCGUGGGCGUGCUGCUGGAUCUGAAUAAGCAUACCCUCACCUUCUUCAUCAACGGGCAGCAGCAGGGCCCCACAGCCUUCAGCCACGUGGAUGGGGUCUUCAUGCCAGCCCUCAGCCUCAACCGCAAUGUGCAGGUCACCCUGCACACAGGAUUGGAAGUGCCGACUAACCUGGGGCGGCCAAAGCUGUCAGGCAAUUAGCCCCACUCCAGCUGGGCACUGCGCCUGUGACAGUGACAUUCACAGGCAAAACGCCCACCAUUCUCACUAAGCUCAAAUAAUCCACAAAAGCAGGAUACGCAAGUCAUGGGUACAACCUGACAGCGUGGAGUGUCAUAGAAACACAUUUUCUUGGGGACGCAGGGAAUGGGUCCACGGGCCAUGCUCACAGCUGCCACUGUCAGUGGCAAAGGCAGGUACGUGUGUCACCCUCAUUCCACCUAGACAUUACGAACACUCCCCAAGAAGGACCUUUCUCAAGGGAGUCAGCAUGCGGGCUUCAUGUCUAUGUUUCCUGCCAUCUGUUUUCAAAGCUUGUCUUUUUUUGGAGGGAGAGGAAGGUAGACUUUGAGACUGGCCUCCUGAGAGCAGCAGUCAGGAGCUGCGCUGUAAUCCCACGCCCCAGGUGUUGGCCCUCCGCGGGGACCCCGCCUCCUCAGAGUCCCAAAGAUUGCAGAUUCUCAUCAUGCUGAGAAAGUUAUCUUCUAGCUUCUUGGUCCUAGAGUCUUUAGUAGCACCUGCCACUUGCAGACCCAAUGCAGGAUUGAUAGAAAGGGACAUUAAUCAUUCAUGCUUGACUUUUGCCUCUCUCACUAAAGUGUUGAGAACCUUUCAAAAUGGCUUCCUUUAUUAAUCAGCCAAUUGUGUUCUCUCUCUCUCUUUUCCUCCUUCCUUCAUUUCUUCUCCCUCCCUCCUUCUCUCUCUCUC